CAGCAAAAUGGCGGCGGAGCAACCGCGAAAUGCGGCUGUGACUCCGGAUUCAACAGCCGGGGGCAACGCCGAGAAAGACAGUAACAGAAAGAAGGUGGUUUUCAUCUUCGAUCGCCGCCUGGGAGACUCUUUAGAGAAAUGUUUGGACCUCAGCAGCUGGAGCACAUACGCCGAGUUCAAGAGCGCCGUGUGUCGGGCUUUUGACAUUACUGCAGAAAAUAAUUUUGUAAUUACAACGACAAAUAGGAAAGAAAUCAAAAACCAAAACUUUGAUAAAAGUGUCAAAGAUGGCACCACCUUGUAUAUACUUUACUCAGUUGACCAAAUACUGCCCUCAGCAACAAGGGAGCGGAUUGACUUUCUUCCUCACUAUGAUACAUUGGUUAAAAGUGGCAUGUAUGAAUACUAUGCCAGUGAAGGACAGACUCCUUUGCCAUUUGCCUUUGCUGAACUGAUAGAUAAUUCAUUAUCUGCAACAGCCAACAACAAAGGGAUUCGUAACAUACAGGUCCGGCUGUUGUUUGAUGAAUCUCAAGGUAAACCAGCAGUAGCUGUAAUUGACAACGGGAGGGGAAUGACAUCUAAGCAGCUUAAUAACUGGGCUGUGUACCGGCUGUCCAAGUUCACCAGAACAGAUGAUGACAUUGAAAGUGAUCAUUCAGGAUAUGUUCGUCCACCUGUGGUGCCUCGCAGUCUCAAUAGUGACAUUUCCUAUUUUGGUGUUGGUGGGAAACAAGCAGUUUUCUUCAUUGGCCAAUCUACUAGAAUGAUAACCAAACCAGCAGAUUCUCAAGAUGUACAUGAAUUAAUGCUUUCUAAAGAUGAUUUUGAAAAGAAGGAAAAAAAUAAAGAAGCAAUAUACAGUGGAUUCAUCAGAAACAGAAAGCCAACAGAUUCAAUGCACAUCACCAGUGAAGAUGAACGAUUCCUACAUAGUCUCAUUAUGGAGGAAAAAGACAAGGAAAAUUUUACUGCGGUAGUAAUCACAGGAGUUCAGCAAGCUCAUGUACAGUACCUGAAAAGCUAUUUUCACCUCUGGACUAGACAGUUGGCCCACAUAUACCACUACUAUAUUCAUGGACCUAAAGGCAAUGAUAUGACGGCUACUAAAGAAGUAGGACCCUUUAACAACAUUGAUAUAGAGAUCUCAAUGUUUGAGAAGGGAAAAGUACCUAAGAUUGUGAAUCUAAGGGAAAUAAAAGAUGACAUGCAGACUCUCUUCAUCAACACUGCUGCGGACUGUUUUGAAUUUAAAGCACAUGUAGAAGGAGAAGGUGUUGUAGAAGGAGUAAUACGUUAUCAUCCUUUCCUAUAUGACAAAGAAACAUAUCCUGAAGAUGUUAGCUGUCCAUUCAAUACGAUUGAGGAUGAUGAAGAAGACUGCUAUUCUGUUGAUAAAGGGGCUAGAGGAAAAAGGCCAAUAUUCGAAUGCUUUUGGAAUGGAAGAUUGAUUCCCUAUACCACGGUGGAAGAUUUUGAGUUUUGUGCACCACCCAAAAAAAGAGGACUGGUGGCCCUGGAAUGUUACAACAGGAUCUCGGGAGUGCUUUUCACCAAUGAUAAAUUUCAGGUCAGCACCAACAAGUUGACAUUCAUGGAUUUAGAAUUGAAGCUGAAGGAUAAGAACACACUUUUCACACGUGUUGUGAAUGGACAGGAGCAAAGAAUGAAGAUAGACAGAGAAUUUGCUAUGUGGCUUAAAGAAUGCCAUGAGAAAUAUGACAAGCAAAUAAAGUUCAGUAAUUAUAAAGGCACAAUCACAAGAAGUGAUCUACCAUCGAAAAGAAUGCAGAGUCCUUGGGCUGUAUAUGCAGCUAUUGAGUGGGAUGGCAAAACAUUCAGAGCAGGAAGCUUGGUUAAAACUCUCAAAACAUUACCAAUAAUUUAUGGAAGCAUAGUUCGUUUUCUUCUUUAUGGUGACCAUGAAGGAGAUGUGUAUUCCACUGGAGGAGAGGUUCAAAUAGCUGUGGAACCCCAAGCUUUGUAUGAUGAGGUGAAGACCAUUCCAAUCUCGAAGUUGGACCGAACUGUACCUCUUGCUAUGAUCAAGAAAUACAUAGAAGAUGAAAUGGCAAGACUCCCUGAUCAGCUAUCUGUAACCUGGCCAGAAGGAGAUGAACUUAUUGUAAAUGAAAGCAGACCAGCAGGAAUGCCCAUUGGUGCUUUGAGAAUAGAAAUUCUCAAUAAAAAAGGCGAAGCUAUGCAAAAGCUUCCAGGAACAAGUCACGGUGGAUCAAAAAAGCUGUUGGUUGAGCUGAAAGUUAUCUGGCAUUCUUCUACUGGUGACAAAGAAAUAGUUUCUCACAUCAGUCAACAUGGCGGCAAAUGGCCAUAUUGGUUCAAGAAGAUGGAAAAUAUUAAUAAACUUGGAGUCUACACAUUAAAACUGCAAGUGGUGUUGAAUGAAAGUAAUGCAGAUACUUAUGCAGGAAGGCCUCUUCCAAGCAGAACCUUCAAAUUCACUGUCACAGAGGGAAAACCUGAUAAAUUUACAGUUGGAUUGCUGGAUCCUCCAUUUCGCAUUGCUGUGCCUUUCAACAUUCCUCUAGAUUUGCAAGAUGAAUUUGGGCAUUCUACACAACCAUCUUCUGUUAUCAAGCCAAUUGUGGAGGCAAGUGGGUUGGAGCUAUGUUAUGAAGCCUUUGUCGAAAAAGGAACAAGUUUCAUCAUUAAAGGUGUAACAGCCAAGGGUCAUGUGACCAAUUGCCAAGGCAAGAAUUUCACUCUUAAAGUAAUCUUACCUGGAUUGAAGGAGGAUUCACAAACGUUAAAAAUUAGGCUAUUGCCUGGUCCACCACGUGAACUGCGGAUUAAGCCAGAUUCUAAUAAAGUAGUUAUUGAAAAUGGAACCACUUUACCUUUCCAAGCUGAAGUGCUAGAUGAAGCAGGGAAUAUUACAGCACAACCCAAGCUGGUGGUACAUUGCAAGUUUCUUGGUGCCCCAAAUUUGCCUGUGUAUACAGUGGAUUGUAGUAACACUGGUUCAGGAAUCUUAACUGGCCCUGUGAUACAUGUCCAAAAUAUCAAGAAGGACCAAACGUUGAAAGCAAGGAUUGAGAUAUCGAGCUGUAAAGAUGUUUCAGCAGUGGAGAAGAUAAUUAAAUUGCUCCCUAGCACUCAAGUUGCCAAGCUCCAGAUCUUCAGCAUAGAUGGACAAAAAGCAAUUCCUAUCAAACAUCAAGAUGAAAUUGACUGGAUUGCUGGAGAUGUUAUUCAUCAUCUUAUCUUUCGGAUGUAUGAUGAGGGUGAUCGGCAGAUUGUUGUUAAUUCAUCUCUUGCUGAGAAAAUUAAGGUUAACUGGACACCACGGAUAAAUAGAGAACAUUUAAUUCAAGGAUUGUUGCCUGAUGUAAAAGUACCAUGCUCAGUUAAAGAUGUGCGUUAUUGUCAGGUCUCAUACCAAGAUGAUCAUGUUUCACUGGAAAGUGCAUUUACAGUCAAGCCACAGCCAGAUGAACCUAGACUUUUAAAAUGUUCCUUGAAAGGAUUAAGUACUGUUCAGAUGGGCGAAGAGCUACAAGGAGAAAUACAUUCAACACUUACUGAUCGUCAUGGCAAUCAGAUUCAAACUCUAACAUCCUCUUGUGUAAAUUUACUGGGAAUAGCUGGAGAAGGACUUGACAAGAGUAAUCUGAAAAUCACUUGGCAGGAAAAUGGCCUGUGUAUGAUUGCCCGGGGAAUAAAGUUUAUGCCUGGCGCCACUGGCCAAAAAGAACUUUGUUUUGCGUGGCGUGAUUUUGUGGAUUAUGUAAGAAUUCACCUGACUGCAGGACCCCCAACCCAAAUUACCAUCCCUGAAUGGGGAAAUACAGAAGAGCCCCUCUCAGUUGUCAAUGGUAAGGCUCUUGAUAAGCCUUUGGUUGUCCAGCUUUGUGAUGCUUGGGGGAAUCCUUCUCCUGAACCUAUGAUUAAAGUUGUCCUGCUAAAAGAAAGUGGCCUAAAGCUGUCACCAGCGCCACAACUGCAGAAAACUGAUGAAAAUGGAAGGGCAAGUUUUGGUUCGUUUCAAAUCUUUGCAACAAGGGGAGAAUACACAUUGCAAACUAAAGCCGUCAUUAAUAAAAGUGCAGUGGAUGGUCCGGUGAUCAGAUUGAAUGUAGUACCAGACCCCAACAAGCCUAUCAGCUUGCAUGUAGACUACGACAAAAAUGCAACUUUUGUUGCUGGUGGAUUUUUAACAGAUUUUGUAGUUAGUGUUAUUUCUGAAGAUGGCAGUGCAAUGAGGAAUAUCAAACCAGCAGAUCUUACCAUGAGGAUCUGGAGGGGCCAGCGGCCAUCAUCCAAUCCCACAAUUCUAAACUGCAACAAAGGACGAGAAGGUGACAAAGAGGGAUGUUUCUAUUUCAGGGAUAAAAUUCUUCCAGAGCGGACAGGAGUACAUACCAUUCAAUUUGUUUAUUCACAAGACAAGAUCGUGCUUUAUAGUGAGCAGAUUACUUUCCAUGUGGUACCAGGUGAACCAUUGAAAUUAAUGCCAGAAGAGCUCCCAGCCACUCCUACUGUCUCAAAUGUCCGCAGUGUCACCCAUCGUACCUUGGUCAAAAAUUUGUGUCUGAAGAUCAUGGAUGAAUAUAACAAUGCAGCUGGAGAGGAUAUUUGUGGCAAGUUGGUGGUUACUAUUAAAAGUACGAUUGAAGAUGAUGGUGAGAUUCCUCAGUUUCAGGGAAAACUCAGCUGUCUGGAGUUUGAACUCAACCAAGGAUCUUCUGUUGUUUCAAACUUGGUGCUGGCAGAAAACAGUCCUGGCAGAGAUAGUACAGAAUAUAUGCUGGUUUUUGAGCCAGUCAUUUCGAAACCUGGCAAGAGGAAUCUUUUACCUCCAUACAUUUUAUCUUUUAUGUUUUAUAACGAUUUUAAGAAACAGCAGCAGAUGACAACCUUGACGAAAGAGAAGGACCAACUUUCCCAAUCCAUUGUUGCAUACAGGAGUUUGUUUGACACCACCAACCAACUAAUCAGUGAAAUGAAGUGUCAAGCACAAGAAGCUACAGCAAAGGAAACUCACCUUAGAAAUGAACUUCGAAAGCAGAAAAUAAAUACUGCAGAAAUCUCCACUAUCCAAGGUAUUGAUACUGUCCUUAAGCAGAUGAAGAUUGACAGAGACAGGAUAUUCAAACAACCCAGAAGAACAUGUUCUCUGUCUAAUUAUGCUAGGAGCAGCGCUGACAUUUUAGGAAAGAUUGCACACUUGGCAGUGAUAGAGGAUGAUGAGGUGGCCAAGGUUAUCUCUUGGCAUAUGGCUAGCGAUAUGGACUGUGUGGUUACUUUAACCACUGAUGCUGCUCGACGUAUCUUCGAUGAAAGUCAGGGGCGCCAACAAGUACUACCGCUCGAUUCCAUAUAUAGAAAAAAUCUUCCAGACAGUAACAGGCCUUUACCUCACAUGCGAAAUGGAAAAUGUCAUUUCAAACCUGAGGGAAAUCCUAUAUUUGCCCGGGAACUACUAAUUUUUUCUGAAAAUGUGGAACAAUGUCGCACAGUGUUUGGAAUGCUUCUUGGAGAUACAAUUAUUCUGGAUGACUUAAAUGCUGCCAAUCAGUAUAGAAAAGAGGUUGUGAAAAUCACCCAUUGCCCUACUUUGCUGACUAGAGAUGGGGACAGAAUCCGAAGCAAUGGAAAGUUUGGAGGCCUGCAAAACAAGGCACCACAAAUGGACAAACUUCGAGGACUGGUGUUUGGAGCUCCUUUACCAAAAGCUUACCAUACACUGAAUUCUCAAAUUGAUCUUAUUCAGCAAUAUCGCUCUGCUCUGAUCAAGCUUAACAAUGUCAAACAGGAACUGGAUCUGCAACUGAAGUAUCUUGGUUCACCAGAAAUGACCCUAAAGCACAAGGAGCUCAAUGAACAAGAGAACCAACUCAAGCAAAUAGAGAAGCAGCUAGGUAUGACUCCAACAGGAACAACCUCUGCUUGCAGUCCUAAAACAUUGGCUCUAGAUUUGUCUGAUGGGCAGACUCCAAACAAAAAAAUGCGAAGAGAGAGUGCAAAGAAAACAUAUAGUUCGGAAGAGUGGGUUUCAAUACCUUUGAGGAAAUCACAGCAACCACCUUCAGGAUCUGGAUUGGAGACAAAUGGAAAUACUUUGUCACGGAAAAGAAAGGCUUAGAAUAAAUGGAAGUACUUUGUCAUUGGACAGAAGGCUUAGAACAAAUGUAGAUGUUUUGUGGGUAUAUUUUCCUCUGUGAAAUUUGGUUACUAAACUCAAAUAUGUUUUACUAAAAGAAUUUUCUUAAGCUUCACACAGGGUAAUAUAUCAUUAUAUAGAUGAGUCAGAAGAAAUAGAAUUACUGUUAAGCAGAAAUGUAUAUAGUCUGAGAGAAAAAUUGAACAGUGUAUGAAUGUUCUACAGAGAGAUUUCUAUCCAACUGUUGCAAAUAUAUAAAAACUGUUGGUAGAUAAUAUGUUCAUUUGUAGUUAUUUAAAUUGAGAAGCUUAAUUUUAUACAUUCAACUUUGUAUUUUUUAUUUUUAAAAGCUUUUUCAAAAGUUUACUGAUCUUUGUUUGUCAUGAAGCAAGAAAUAAAGCCUCUAUAAUUAGA